AUGUUAGGCACAAGAGGAACUGCAGGAUACAUAGCACCAGAAGUGUUUAGUCGGAACUUUGGAGGCGUCUCUAACAAAUCUGAUGUUUACAGCUACGGGAUGUUGGUUCUUGAAAUGGUUGGAGCAAGAAAGAACUUGGAUUCAGGAGUGUCUGAUACGAGUGAAAUGUUUCCACAUUGUGUUUAUAAAGAUCUAGAGCUAGACAAGGAUGAUAUUGUUUUUGGCGCUAUAUCUGAGGAGGAAAAAGUAGUAGCAAGAAAGAUGGUAUUAAUAAGCCUGUGGUGCAUUCAGACCAUUCCUUCUGAUCGGCCAUCAAUGACCGAAGUUGUGGAGAUGUUGGAAGGACCCCUUAAUUCCUUGCAAAUCGCACCGAAGCCUUUCUUGUUUUCUCUGUGA